UCUCCUGUAUUAUGUACACAGUCUCUGACCAUCUCUUAUACUAUGUUCACCAUCUCUGUAACAUGCCCACAGUUUUGGACCAUCUCCUGUACUAUGUCCAUAAUCUCUGACCAUCUCUUCAUCUCUUAUACCAUGUCUGGAGUUCCUGACCAUCUCCUGUCCCAUGUCUGCAGUCUCUGACCAUCUCUCUAUCAUGCCCCUAGUCGUUCACUAUAUCCUGUUGGGAGUCUGAUGUCACUGAAUUUUAUAUACUCAUACCUUCUAUUUUGAUAAUGCCUCCUGGAGCUCUCUGAAACAGGCUUAGCCAAU